AUGUUGCCCAAGGACGACACUGAGAUCGAGACGACCCCGAUAAGUCAUGAAGAGCGGCCUACACGAGAGGAUGCGGAUCUAGACAUCAAGUCUAGUUCAAGUCCAUGGAGCUGCUCACGGUAUGCCGGAAGCUUGGGCUUCAACAUCGCCCCUUUCAUCUUGCUAGCACUCUACUCAACUCUUAGCAAGCUUUUGGUAGCUAACAUCGAUUCUUCCAUGGUCGUCACCACGAAUACUUACACCUACAUUGGAGUUGUAUCAGAUAUUCUUAACGAAGGCCUACCAAGAGCCGCCUAGAAUGUCAUCGGCGACAACUCAAGUGGAGCACUAGCCGCUCGCCACGGUCUUUCUUACACGCUCAUCAUCGUCCAGAGCAGCCUCGGUCUGAUCAUGUCCAUUACCUUUGUAGCUGCCGCUCAGCAGUUCGCAGAUGCUUUUGUUCCUUAGGAAGUUCGGCAGGCGUCUUUGACGUACGUUAGAAUUUCCGCUUUUUCGGCGCUCAGCUCCGCUAUUGAGACGGCCGUUGCGGCAUCUACGAGGGCUUUGGACAAGUCUGAUGUUCCGCUUAUCAUCAGCUCUGUCAAUUUUGCUGUUGAUAUCGUGUUGGAUAUGAUCGUCAUCUCCAAGUUCCUGUCAACACUCAGGCCGCGACGCAGCUUGCUUGCGGUCAGGUCGCGUCAUUCGCAGGACUGGUGUAUUUUCCUAUGGACAACGAAGCGCAAGAAUCCUCCGAUAGGCUCAGAAGCUGCAGUCGACUACGGCAAGCCGAGCUGGCAAGCGCUUGUAAUUCUUGCCAGACCCGGUGCUUUUACCUUCGCGGAAUCGGCCGUUCGCAAUGCUCUCUAUCUUUGGCUUGUCAGCGGCAUCGUCGCUAUGGGCUCAGACUACGCUACCGCUUGGGGCGUCUUCAACACCAUCCGAUGGGGCCUUGUGAUGGUACCUGUACAGGCACUCGAGGCAACAUCCUUAGCCUUUGUUGGACAUGCCUGGGGCUCUUGGAGACGGGAAGCUGGAACCACUAAUGGCCUUGCAGAAGCUUCCUCGAGACAUCUUUCAAAGAUUGCCCGCCCGGCAUUCAUAUCGUGCCUGAUCGGCUUGGCGGUAGAAGUGCCUCUAUGCCUCUUCCUCUCUUUCUACGGCGCUCGCCGCUUCGCAUAUUACCUUUCUGGAUCUAUCCCGGCCUCACUGAUCACGGAGGAGAUGUGGAAGACGAUCGACUGGUGUUACAUAUUCUACGCUCUUUCGACGCAAUUGGCUAUGAUACUGCUCUCGACGAAGCCACGCUGGUACCUCUACCCCUACCGUGGGCCGUCGCUGUGA